GAUGAAUUCUGUGUAUUCUUCAAUUUAGUAAUACAGAUUGCGACCUCAGAUGAGUUUGUUUUCUAGAUGAACCAAAAAAAGGAGAAUCUUACGAUCAAACAUUACCAUACCACCCUUUUAUCGUCCUUUCCUCCACCCCCCCCAUUUUUUUUUUCCUUUUAUAAUUUGAUUCAGUUUAGUUUCAGAUUUUGCUUCCGAAGUCCGAAGCGAGGAAGUAAAAGUAUCUUGUUUGCCACACCACCCGAGUCUCCUGCUUUUUCUCCUGAUCCUCAAAGCAUUCCUUUCAGCCAGUCAUGACUGCUGAUACAACCGACCUUAGUUAUUGGUUGAACUGGAGAUUCUUGCUCUGUGCAAUAUCGGUCUUGGUCCCUAUGGUUUUAGCAUCAGUAUUGAUAUGGAAAUAUGAAGGUUCCAACAAUUCAAAACUUGACAGAGGAGAAACUCAGCAAGAAACAGUUGGGACUUUGUAUGAGGAUGAAGCUUGGAGGACAUGUCUGAAAAAUAUCCAUCCUGCUUGGCUAUUAGCUUACCGAAUAAUUGCUUUCUCUGUGCUUUUGGCAAUUCUCCUUGCCAAUGUCAUUAUUGAUGGAGGUGGCAUAUUUUAUUUCUAUACACAAUGGACUUUUACGCUGGUUACCAUUUAUUUUGGGCUUGGUUCAUUGCUCUCCAUUUAUGGAUGUUUCCAAUAUCGCAAUAGAGUUGGUGGUGACAAUGCUUAUCAUGCGGGGUUAGAUGCAGAAGGUGGCACCUAUGUAGCUCCCACUCAUGGGGAAAAUGUGAAUACGAGCAGUAUACGGAAGAGCUCAGGUCCCCAGGAAGGACAUCAUAUUCGCCAAACUGCUGGCAUUUGGUGUUAUUUCUUUCAAAUUAUUUUUCAGAUUAAUGCUGGUGCUGUAAUGCUCACUGAUUGCGUUUUUUGGCUAAUCAUUGUUCCAUUUCUUUUGAAAGACUACAAUCUGAAUUUUUUGAUUAUUGGUAUGCAUUCAUUGAAUGCUGUUUUCCUCCUUGGUGACACGGUGUUGAAUUGCUUGCGAUUUCCUUGGUUUAGGAUCGCUUACUUUGUCUUGUGGACGGGUACAUUUGUCAUCUUCCAGUGGAUCAUCCAUGCUUGUGUCUCAAUGUGGUGGCCAUACCCAUUUCUUGACCUGUCUUCGUCAUAUGCACCAGUUUGGUACUUGUCAGUGGGUUUGAUGCAUAUCCCGUGCUACUGCAUUUUGGCUUUGAUAAUAAAGCUGAAAAACUCUGUGCUGUCAAGAUGGUUUCCUGAAUCUUAUCAAUGUAUGAAGCAUUAGUAUAAAAUUAGCCAUUACCAAACCACUUCAUGGCCACACAGAAUUUGUGAAUUGGGUUUGUCUUUCGCAAGCAGGUAGCUGAGCAAGGUCACUAUUCCCUAGGAGAGCCAGUUUUAGAACAGCAAGAGAGUGAUGUACAAAGAUAACAAUUGAAUCAAGGAUCAACACCUUACAAAAUUCAAAGAAGUAUUACUGAUUGUAUGGAUAA